AUGAACAUGGACACAUUGCUUCAGCGGCAGCAGGGGCUACACCGUCAGCGGCUCCAGCAGAAGAGUCUCCGAGUGAACCUCAAGCCUGUGCGAGUCAAGGCAAUGUUGAUGACCGGUUAUUACGUCUCAUUCAACAUUACACUCCAGCUCUCAACUGCCAAAUCACCCCGGACCAUUGUUUACCGUAAUAUUAAAGACAUUAACAUUGACUCUCUCACUGCAUGGCUGACCACCCUGACUCCGGACAUUGACUCCACUCCUGAUUAUUUGGUUUUCCAAUAUAACUCUGGUCUCACCAGCAUCCUCAAUACGCUCGCCCCUGUCAAGUCCCGCUCUGUCCUUUUUACUCGGUCUGCCCCUUGGUUCACCCCUCAUCUACGUUCCUUGAAAUCCCAAACCCGGCAGCUUGAGAGACUUUAUAGGAAAACCGGCCUCACUGCUCACAAGGACAUCUAUGCAGCUCAACUAUCCCUCUACAAGGAUUCCAUCUCUCAAGCAAAAUCACAUUACUACUCCGGACUCAUCUGCUCCAAUGCUGGAAAUACUAAGACUCUCUUUUCCCUUUGGAACAGAAUCACUCAACCUCCCGACUCCCUACCACCUCACUUUUACUCUCGUGACACCUGCAACGCACUUCUCCUCUUUUUCAAUGAAAAAAUCAACAGAAUCCACCAGCAUCUGGGCUCCUCUGUACCUUUCCCCUCAUCUGACCCUCUCACUCCUUGCAAACUGUUCUCUUCUUUUGAACUCCCCCAACUCUCAUUAAUUUCAGACCUCAUCAUUAAAUCCAAGACUUCCUCCUGUCAGCUUGAUCCCCUCCCCACAGUUCUGGUCAAAUCCUGCCUACACUCUCUGCUUCCCUUCAUCUCAGCCAUUAUCCAUUCCUCUCUGUCGACUGGAAUUGUUCCUGUUCUCUUCAAAACUGCAGCUGUCACCCCAAUCCUGAAAAAAAACUGGUUCACAUCCCAAUGA